UUUUUUUUUGUUCUUUUUUUCUUUGCUAUAGAUCUGAGGUUCUGAAGCUCUGCUAGGGUGGGAGGGAUUGUUUUGGUUGUUGGGUUUUUCAGAUCCAAUACUGAAAACCCAAUUCUGGAUCUCUGGGUUUAUUUUGCUUUGCCCAGUUUUGAUUUCUGCUUUAUUGGAUUGCAGGAUCUUUCUUCUGUUCUUCUGAAAGUUUAACGUCUUCUUGGUGUUUGAAUUUAUGCUGCUGAAGUUGGGAUUUUGAUUCUUUGCAAAAAUCCCUUUCCCCCUCAAGAACAAGUUCUCUUUCUGUUUUAUCUUAAUGCUUAACAAAUUGUUCUUGAUGUUUCAGAUUCAUGUCUCCAAUUCUUAGUGAAAUCAUUCUCUCCGGGUUUAUGAUAAAUUCCACACUCAGACGCAGGACCCAUUUAGUUCAAUCUUUCUCUGUUGUGUUCCUUUACUGGUUCUAUGUUUUUUCAUGAACUAUCUCAACCCUCAAUCUAAUAACUACUAGACCCUUGCAGUUCUAUAUCUAUUAUUAUAUAUAUCUUAAAUAGUAUUGUUACAUAUAAAUCUUGGUUUCAGAUAAUUAGUAUUUGGGUCCUGUGUCUUUGUUGUGUUAAGGUUUAAUCCAAUCCCUAAACUUUGUUAUUUUAAUUCUGCUGCUGUAAAUAUACCAUGGCUUCCUCUUCUGGAACUUCUUCUGGUGGGUCUACUCUGCUUCCAAACUCUGGUUCAGAAGAGGAUCUUCAGCUUGUAAUGGAUCAAAGGAAGAAGAAGAGAAUGCUUUCGAACCGCGAAUCCGCGAGGAGAUCGAGGAUGAGGAAACAGAAGCACUUGGAUGAACUGAUGGCCCAAAUGGCUCAACUCAGGAAGGAGAAUAACCAGAUCCUUACAAGUAUGAACGUCACCACUCAGCACUACUUGGCCAUUGAAGCAGAGAAUUCAGUUUUGAGGGCUCAGAUGGGGGAGUUGAACAACAGAUUACAGUCCCUCAAUGAUAUCAUCCAGUAUAUUAAUGUGAGCAAUAACAGUAUUGAAACUGAGGAUACUCUAAUCGGUGCUGAUAACUUCAUGAACUCAUGGAAUUCACUCUAUCUACAUCAGCAGCCUAUCAUGGCUUCUGCAGAUAUGUUUCAAUACUGAAACUCCAUCACCCCAUGGCCGAUAAUCUUCAGACUCUGCAAGAUUGGUUUAUUUGUGUUGUUCAGUGGGGUUGUGUUGUAGGUUCUGUCAAUGAGUGUAGAGUUACAGGGAGGGUUUUCUUUUUUUUAACUCUCUGUGUCUCUCUGUGACACUCUUUGUAAGAUCUAGCUAUCUUAUAUCUAUUAGGGGUAGAAGAAAAAACAAGUAAAAUGAGGGAUUUGGUAGUUGGGUUACUGGUCUGGUCUGGUCUGGUCUGGUCUGGUCUGUAGAGAUCUUCUAAAUAAACAAGGGUUCAGUGCUA